UUUCGCCCAGUCGGGGUAACAACACCGCGCCCGACACACGUCUUACGGAGCUCGCACCUCGAGUAAACCUUAUCUCUUAUCAAAAUAAAGUAUGAUACAUAAAUUCACCUCACGAGUGUUCUGAUAAGACACUUCAUCCGCGAUAAACGCUUACGAAUCGAGGACUGAUUUCACGUUAAUUUUAGUUAUAAAUCAAUCACAAGACGGUUUGUGUACUUUUAAUUUAAUUUUUGUGUUGAAAAUACACCAUUUACAGGUUUUUUAAGUUGAAAAAAUUGAAUUAUUUAAAAUGAAGUUAAAGGUGCCGGUGUUAGUUUUGCUAGUGACAGCGAGUUCAGUGAGUUGUGCACCAUGUUCCACUGUGGAAAGUUUGGACAUAUCAACAGGUGAGCUUUUUGAGAACGGCACAGUGAUUCAUAAUGGGAUUGAAUACCCCAGUAGUGCCUGGUAUACCGUGGAGGAAGAGGGCCGGGAGGUGCGGCUUGGAUGCCCUUGCAUCGGGAGGACUUGCCUGUGGAAGUGCUGCGCGGAGGGGCACAUGUACUUUAACAAGUCAUGUACAGCAACUGGUAUGGAGGAGGUGAAUCCUUUCCGGCCGACAGUGUUCAAAGGGCGGGAUCCACUGGAUGUGGCUGCGGACCGUCACUUCUUCUACAUGUACAACCGACCCUGCACCGACAGAUACCUCGUAGAUACACUCUCCAGCCGCGACGAGGUGUUCGUACAAGAGAAUGGCACGCUAUACGAGAUAGUGAACAACUUGCACCAAUGGCACCCGGCGCCGACGUUCUGUGUGGAUAUGAUGAUCACCAACUCGACCCUCGCGCCGCGGCUGGUGGCGCUCGUCUGCCACCCGCAAGAAACGGACCAGGACGACAGCUCGGCUCUCUACAUCGCUUACGCUAUUGGUCUGAUGUUGUCAGUGCCGUUCCUCCUGGCGACGUUCCUGGUGUAUGCCUUCAUCCCCGAGCUGCGGAACCUACACGGCAUGUGCUUGAUGGCAUACUGUGCCGGGCUGAUCGUCGCAUACCCGCUCCUGGCAUACCUCAAGAUGCAAGUUGGUGACGUCAAUGUGGAGAUCAGUGGGUGCAUGGCUAUUGCGUUCAUCAUCUACUAUGCGUUCCAGUCAAGUUUCUUCUGGCUCAACGUGAUGUGCUUCGACAUAUGGAGAACUUUCAGUGGGUACCGUGGUGGCAGCAGCAACAAACGCCGGGAGAGGAAGAGGUUUGCCUGGUACGGGCUUUAUGCCUGGGGGGUUCCUCUGGUCCUGACUUCCAUCACCAUUGCCAUGCAGUUCAGUAAUGAUCUGCCUAGCCACAUCAUCCGACCUGGGUUCGGCAGCCGAAGGUGCUGGUUUAUAGAUUGGCUGAGCGAGCUGGUGUACUUCUUCACGCCGGUUUUGACCCUGGUGGUGUGCAAUAUCGUCCUGUUCUCCAUCACCGCGCACCGCAUCCGCUCCAUCCGCCAGGAGACAUCCAUUCUCAAGAGCUCCGAGUCUUCACGGAGUGAUAAGUUAAAGCGAGAUAAACAGAGAUACGCGUUGUACCUGAAGCUGUUCGUGGUGAUGGGCGUGAACUGGAGCGUGGAGGUGAUCAGCUUCGCGGCCGGUGGCUCCAACUGGUACUGGAUCAUCAUAGACCUCUCCAACAUCGCUCUUGGCGUCUUCAUAUUCUUCAUCUUCGUCUGGAAGAACAAAGUGCGCAACUUGGUGCGGAAGAAGUUUGCAAAGUGGCGAGGCGUGCCGAUGGAGGGCACAGGCUUCUCCGACUCAGGUACCGGUCGAUGGGCCACUCGCUCCAGCACUGCGCCCACGGAGAUCACCAGGAUACACUCCUCAGACGACCCUGGGAUGCGCCUCAAGGACAUACGCUAGUCACCGGAUCUAUCAUUUCCAAAGAUUCCAAUGAUGCGACCACAUGACGAGAUAUGCCAAAGAAUUCUCAGAAGUACAACAGUGUGAAGAUAUCCUGCGGUUGUUUUACGUAUUUAUACCUAGUCAAAUACACCGAACGACCUUUUAGGUUUAAAUAGUGUAAGGUUUUGCAUUUAUAAGGAUAAGUAAGGAAUAUAACUAUCUAUACCUACCUAUUCCUAUCUAGGGUCACUAAUGAAGAAGUGCUAGUAAGAGUAAAGGAAAGAGGAUAAAUAUUGAGAGUUAUUGAAGACAGAAGAGACAAGAUGAUUGAACACUUAAUACCUAAGCCACGACGAAUUUAUUAAAAAAAAACAUAGAAGAGAAGAUAGAAGGAAAGAGAGGAAGGGGAAAACCAAGAAGAGCUUACAUGGAACAAAUUAAAGAAAAGGCGAACGUCGUGUCUUAUAAGGAAGUCAAAGAAUUGGCCCUAGAUAGAGAAGAAUGGAGAAUGCUGCACCGACAAGAGCGUGACUCUUAAAUUGAUGAUUGUCUAUCUUUAGAGAAAGAGUGUCAGAAUCAGCAAACUGUGUUUUCUAAUAAGCUGUAAGCUGUGUUUUUUUUCUUCGAAAUACUUGCUGUGAGCCUAACGCUCUAACCACUAGACCACGGAGGCUGCACGAUCUGGAGGUCCGGGUUCGAUUCCCGAUGGGGACAUUGUCGAAAUCACUUUGUGAGACUGUCCUUUGUUUGGUAAGGACUUUUCAGGCUUGAAUCACCUGAUUGUCCGAAAAAGUAAGAUGAUUCCGUGCUUCGGAGGGCACGUUAAGCCGUUGGUCCCGGCUAUUAGCCGUAAAAACACCUCCACCAACCCGCAGUGGAGCAGCGUGGUGGAGUAUGCUCCAUACCCCCUCCGGUUGAUUGAGGGGAGGCCUGUGCCCAGCAGUGGGACGUAUAUAGGCAGUUUAUGUUAUGUUACUUGCUGUAUUUCCAGUAGGUAUCUAGCAAUAUCAUGGAUCCAGCUUAACGCGCGUUACGCGACCAAUAAAGCACCCAUAGAUUCGGGUUCGGUCGGUAUACCACCGCCUGUAUUAUAUGUUUAAGUAUUAAUAUUAUUUUCCUAAACAUUACAAUAUAUUUUCUGUUUAAAUAAGUGAUUAAAAAGCUAUAAACGACGCUGCCACCGACAGCCAUACGCAUAGACUGUCAAAGGCCGAACCGUUUGAUAAUACUACGUUUAAAUAUAUUAUUCUGUUUACAGUAAAUUGUUAAAUGAAUGAAGAAAUAAUACACCCAGUGACAUUUUUACCUAGCUCUAAACAGCAGUUAUGUAAUGUAAAACUUUUAGAUUUACUUUUAAACUGUAAUGUAAAAAACAUGACAGUCACUUUGCUGAUAGACCUCGAACAAAAUGAUUACCUAAAAAUACCUGCUGUGAACUGCUAACGAUUAUAUAAGUAUUUAUUAUUAUUUACAUAAUUAAGGAUUAUACACAAUAAGUAGCAUAUACGUCAUGAAACAUGUGGCGGUAAAUAUUAUGAUUUUUUCAAAGUAAUGGACGAUCUAUUUGGGCAAAGGGCUGAUCACAUGUCAGUUUUCGGUUCAUCAUUAUCUAUCUUAGAACAAAAAUAGUUCUCUUGUUCAUAACUUAAGGCUCUGCCCACCCUAAUAAGGACAGAGGCGUGAUUUGUGUAGGUGCUACAAAAUCAGUGGCUGAAAAAACAUUGUAUGUUAAAAAAUAAUAAGUAAGUACCUAAUAGUAAGUUUGUAUUUGAAUUUAAAUCGCUUUUGAAUGUGCUUUUCGAUUUUGAUAUUAAAGUUUUAAAUCACUCUCUAGUAGGAAUAGUGUAAGAUAUUUAAUGAUCUUAAGCAUGUGUUGAUUAACAAUAGGCUAAGUCAGAGUCAGAAUAUAAAGAAAUGAAAUAAUAAAUUGUUACCUAGGUGCCUAGCGUGCUGAUCACAAAGCCGGGACAACUGCGCCAAGUCAGCCGGGGUGCAAAGUUUUUACGGUUUCGUACAAAUUUACACAACCCGGUCCGCUUUUUCCCGUAUCCCGUUUUUGUGUGUGGGUGCAGCAUAGCAUUAACGACAGUAGGCUUGCAUUAGCUAUUUGACUAGUCCUUUAGCAACUUAAUUAUAUUUUUCUACUGCAUUGUAUUUAUAAGGUACAGUCUUAACCACAGAAUAGAUGCACAAGUAACUGCUUCACUAAAUAUUAUGUAAAACAUAAUAAUUACGUGUUAAGUAAUAUCUAAGCAUAUCAAAAUAUUUACCUAGUCGUCAGUUAUUUUUCAUUGGACUAAUGAAGUUACAUGUUAAGAUCGCCAUAGCAAUUAAGUUUUAAUUUUAAUGACUAUAGAUACUUAUUGUUUUCGAUCAUUUUAUGCAAGUUGUAUCUUUUAUAAAUGGAUUUCUAUGAGAAAAUAGAAUUAUACUCGUCAUUUACAACAAAAUAUCUA